GUCUCGCGCUCCUGUGGGCGUGGCCUUGGCGCCGUUAAGAUGGCGGCUGGUUGGAGCUGACUCCUGCUGAUUCCUCCUCUGGAAGGGCUGAUCAAAGGCCAGCAGCAGCAGAUGAGCCUCUAGAGCUGGAAGCAGAGCUGCAGGGAGGCACAGAGCCAUGGCAGAGAGCUGCCCUCCUUCCCCUGGGCUCCGUCAGGGAUUGAGGCAGGAGCCAGUCCCCAGGGCCAAGAGGCUCUCGGAUUCCACAGUGCAGGUGCAGGCCCUGCAGUCAGCCAAGAAAGCCUGCGUGCUGAGCCGUGACUGCAGCACUCCAAACCCAGCAGGGAACCCUCUGCUCCCUUCCCCAGGCUCUGGCUGCUCCCUUUUCCUGGAUGAGAGUGGGCAGGAUGAGCUGGGGGCAGCUUUUCCCGUGGCCAAGUACGACGACGUGGCCAUUUCCCUGGACAUCAGCAGGUGCUUCGACGACAGCGAGCUGGAUGAUUCCCUGCUGGAGCUGUCAGGCAGCGAGAAAGGGAAUUCUCCCUUUGAUUACACCGAGGAAGAGAUCCAGGAAAUCUUGGCAGAUGAUUCCAUGGAAGCUGAGCAGCAGCAGCAGCAGCACCUCCCUGGUGAAAGCCACCUGAGCCAAAGUGAGAGCGGGAGGAGCGAGCAGGCCCAGAGCAGCGGCUGCACCGCGGGGACGUCGCUCAGUGAGGCGCCCUCAGAGGUCACACAGGAAGCAAAGGAGCCCCAGGAGCAUCCCUCAGGCGGCUCUGGGUGUGAUCCUGGCUUUUUGAGUGGCACUGCUGCUCUGGAUGGGGCCCAGAGGCUGCAGCAGGAGCUGGACCUUGACCUGCAGGAGCUGCUGAGCCUGAGCCCGUUCGCCGCCGCCUGCGCCGAUGAGGCUCUGGAGGAAAACAACCUGGAAAGAGAAACUUUGGAUGCCAUGAUAGAUGAUUGCUUGGGAUAUUCCACAGCUGCUGGGAGCUGCUUUCCUGAAAAAUCCUCAGAAAGGGUGAUGCCUAAAGGCCAGGAAAGCCUGGCUCAGGAUUGCCUGGGGAGAUCCCUGCCCUCAUCCAGCCUUCCCUGUGGCCAGAGCACAGGGGAUGAGAGUCCAGCAUCUCUGUUGCCACCCAAAAAAGAACUUCCCAAAGCAACAACGAGCUGUUUGACAAGGAAAUCAGGCUCUCCAGAGGAUGCUGAAGGGGAAUCCAGAGGAGCUGAGCAGCCACCAGGCAGCACUAAAUCAAGGGACACAGCUGUAGGCCAGAGUGGGCAGGAAGAGCCACCCAGUGGAAAGAAAAGUGGCAAAGUAAUUCCUGUCCCACAGGAGGAGGAAGAAAGGCCAAAACAACGGACCUGCAUUUCAGAAGCACAGCCUGAGCAAAAGAGACGUUUCUCUCCAGGCUGUGCCAAUCCAAGUGAGGAAAAGUGUGGCUAUUACCUCAGAGAGCUUUGCAUUGAGGGAGAAGGAGAAAUCCCUUGGAAGGCCAUGAGAGUUGUCAGCAGUGCUUUUAAACCAGUGAACCCCACCAAUGAAGUUCUUUGGAAAAGGAAUCCUUUGCCUGUGGUCUGGGGACAAUUUCACCUGAUGCCCAUGGAAUCCCAGCGUGGGCUGUGCAUUCCAAAUGCUAUUUCUUCCUUGGGAGAUAACAGACUUGGCUGA